CGCUUCCACUUCGAGAAAACAAAUUCUUGUUCUUUUAUCGAAAGAAGAGAUUCGGCGUCUACAGGCAAGCCGUUUUAAUACAGUAGCCGAAAGCUUUUUGAAAAGCCCUAAUGAAAGCAAAGCUAGCAAUAGUUUAGAAUGUGUUGCUGGUGCGGAAGUAGGACUUGAGGUUUUUGAUUCUAAUUGGUUGGCCAGGCGUUGCGCGCUGUACGCCCACCAGAGCAACUCUGAACACUCUCCUCACGAUUUGACAGUAGCCGUGUACAAGAUACUACAAACGCAAGACGUCAUUUGUGCACAGAGUAUACUUGUGGACAUGCUUGGCCUUUCAGCACUUGACUUCAUAUCAAAUAUUUUGCAGAAAAGGGACGACAUCCUCCGAAUAACUAAGAAGGCUUUAAAGGGAGUACGAGCAUACAGACAACUUGCAUUACAACGGGAAGCAGCGAAUCCUACUUCUACCAUUAUCGGCGUGACCAUCAAAAGCAAAAGAGAGCAUCUCAUGCCGAAGCAUUUAAAAAAAACCAAUAGGCUGCAUCAGGGAGUCGCUCUAAGCGGAGACCGCGACUUCGAGCUCAAAGCUGCAUUGGGGUUGGAUAACAGUUUUAAUGCGGACUACCUCUCCAAGUACACGCGUGGACAUAGUAGGCGGCAAAGACCCCAAACACCCAAGUAUCCCCACGUUUAUGAUGAGAGGCUCCACGGGACAGAGUUGGCCGCCUACGUUGGAAGUUCUAAGCUAAGCUUACCAGCCAAUGCAGAACGAGUACAAACAAACCUUUACGAGUCCAUAACCAUUCCAGCGCCUGCGGCGGCACCCCCAGAAAGCUUUGAGUUCCCUAUAAGCAUCGAGGCUCUUUCUCCGCUCUCCCAACUUGUAUUUAAAGGAAUCAAAGAACUAAAUAGGAUUCAGUCUAUAGUCUACCCUGCAGCUUACUACAGUAACGAGAACUUGCUGAUAUGCGCUCCCACAGGCGCAGGUAAAACGAACAUUGCUCUCAUGGCCAUUGUGCGCGCGAUAGAGCAAAAUAUGGUUAAUGAAGUUGUCCAACUUAAAACUUUUAAAAUAGUUUACGUGGCGCCAAUGAAAGCACUGGCUUCUGAAAUGACUCAGAAUUUUGGUCGGAGAUUAACGCCGCUGGGUGUCGCUGUCCGCGAGUUAACGGGUGACAUGCAGCUUUCAAGAGCUGAGGUCAAAAAUACACAGGUGAUCGUAACCACCCCCGAAAAGUGGGAUGUGAUCACGCGAAAGAGCGUUGGGGACACUGAACUGUCCCAAUUGGUGCAACUGCUAAUCAUUGAUGAGGUCCAUCUUCUUCAUGACGAGAGAGGAUCCGUCGUAGAGAGUUUAGUCGCGAGAACACUUCGACAGGUGGAAACAAGCCAGAGAAUGGUCCGCCUCGUGGGAUUGUCGGCGACGCUGCCAAAUUACCUGGAUGUGGCGCAGUUUCUCCGCGUUAACUUUUUCAAAGGCCUUUUUUUUUUUGACGGCCGGUUUCGUCCAGUGCCACUGACUCAAACUUUUGUCGGAGUCAAAGGGAACAGCCCAACUCAAGUGAGUGACCAUAUGAAUGAAGUUUGCUUCGAAAAGGUCCUCAAACACGUGGAAACAGGCGACCAGGUGAUGGUUUUUGUCCAUUCCCGAAACGACACUGUGAAGACCGCUGAAGCUUUACUGGAAAGAGCUCGAAAUAUCGGCAGGGAAGACGAUUUUGCGCCCCCUGAAUUGAGCACUUUCAGCAGGAAACUUCUUCUCAAGUCUCCCAAUAGGACACUGCAGAACCUCGGUCCAUGUGGCGUCGCCGUACAUCAUGCAGGCAUGCUCCGUUCUGAUCGCAACUUAGUGGAGAGGCUUUUUUCUGAGGGCCAAAUUCGUGUUCUCUGCUGCACAGCCACGCUGGCGUGGGGCGUCAAUCUUCCUGCGCAUGCUGUGAUUAUUAAAGGAACUAGCCUCUACGAUUCGCGGACAGGCGGCUUUCGAGACUUAGGCGUGCUGGACGUGCAGCAAAUAUUUGGACGCGCCGGCCGGCCUCAGUUUGAUAGUUUUGGAGAAGCCUAUAUACUGACGCCCGUCAAUAAGUUACCGCACUACAUUACUGCUCUGACCACUCAGACGCCCAUUGAAAGUCAGUUCAUUAAAAAUCUCGCUGACCAUCUAAAUGCGGAAGUCUCGUUGGGGACCGUCGCCAAUGUGGACGAUGCCGUGCAGUGGCUUAGCUACACGUUUCUCUAUGUACGGCUCAAAAGGAACCCCUUGAAUUACGGCGUCACGUGGAGUGACGGGGAGCGUGACCCCACCUACGCUGAGCCUCAAAGGAAGUGGAUUUGCACGGCCGCGCAGCUUUUAGACGAUGCAAGGAUGGUUCGUUAUAAUUCUCAUACAGGGUUUCUUUCCCCCACGGAUCUUGGUAGGAUAGGGAGCCACUUUUACAUCAGCGCCGCCAGCAUUAUGCGCUUCAACGAGUUGUUUAAAGAACACAUGAACACUGCUGAGAUCUUGGGCUCGGUCUCCAAGUUUACCGAGUUUGCCAAUAUACAGCUUCGCAGGGAAGAAGAAGAGGAGCUGGAUGAACUAAGGAAGGAGACGGUUAUCGAGGCAGACGGAGGUGUGGAGAGCACUCAUGGCAAAGUCAACACUCUGCUGCAGUGUUACAUAGGCAGAGUGCCUAUUAGUGGCUUCUCGCUUGCGUCAGACACCGCGUACAUAGCUCAGAACUCUUCACGAAUCCUGCGAGCCAUUUUUGAGCUCUGCCUUCGAAGAAACCAGCCUAUCGCUACACAGUUUUUAGAGCUUUCUAAGUGCGUGCACCGACAACAAUGGCCAUUCGAGACGCCGCUGAGGCAGUUUGGGCAGCUAAAGUACGAGCUAAUAGAUAAGCUUGAAAGCAAGAAGUUCACGCUUCCCCAAAUGCGCGAAUUGACGUCUGAGGAUUUGGGCCACCUCGUUAGGCACGUUCAAGCAGGGCCUAUUUUAAAAAAGUAUGUCUCGUACAUCCCGCACCUCAAUAUCAAAUCUCUCGUUCAACCUAUAACCAGGACGAUUCUUCGGGUGGAGUUGCGCAUUACCCCUUGCUUUCAAUGGAAUGACACGUGGCACAGUCCGGGAGAACCGUGGUGGAUCCUUGUCGAGGAUCCAUCGACCGACCACCUAUACCACACGGAAUACGUUGUUAUUCACAAAAAAAAUCGACAUGACACCCAACAGUUAGUGUUUACUGUCCCUCUCUUUGAGCCACUCUCCUCACAGUACUACGUUAGAGCCGUCUCAGAGAAAUGGCUUGGCGCACUGGUCGUAGAGGAGCUCAAACUUGACAGACUGAGGCUGCCGCUGCAGUACCAGGCUCACACCCCUCUUUUGAACUUGUGCCCACUUCCCAUAUCGGCUUUACAAAAUAUUCGUUAUCAGGCGAUGUAUAAGUUCCAAUUUUUUAACCCAUUGCAAACACAGUUUUUCCAUACUGUUUAUCACACGGACGAAAACAUACUUAUCGGUGCUCCAACGGGGUCUGGUAAAACUGUCGCCGCUGAGCUGGCCCUAUUCCGCCUGUUUAAUAACUGCCCCGGCUGUAAGGCGGUUUAUAUUGCUCCGCUAAAGGCACUUGUUAAAGAAAGAGUAAUCAAUUGGAGCCAACGCUUGGUGAGGUGCACUGAUAAAGUUAUAGUAGAGCUUACCGGAGAUGUUUCGCCCGACCUGGUGGCCAUUGAAAGAGCAGACUUGAUCGUGACUACCCCUGAAAAAUGGGACGGUGUCAGCCGCAGCUGGCAGAGUCGCUCUUACGUAAAAAAAGUUGCUUUAAUCAUCAUCGAUGAGAUUCACAUGCUGGGGGAGGAGCGGGGCCCCGUCCUUGAGAUCAUUGUGUCCCGCUUUAACUAUAUAAGCUUUCAGCUGCAUAAGAAGAUUCGAUUUGUCGGCUUGUCCACGGCUUUGGCCAAUGCGCACGACUUAGCGCACUGGCUGGGAGUAAAAAAUUCACGAGGGCUUUACAACUUUCGUCCCUCUGUUCGCCCUGUCCCACUUGAGGUCCAUAUUGAGGGUUUUCCAGGCAGGCAUUACUGCCCCCGUAUGGCGACGAUGAACCGCCCGACUUACGCUGCUAUACUGACCCAUUCUCGCGGGCAACCGACCCUGGUCUUCGUUUCCUCCAGGAGGCAGACCAGGCUAACUGCGUUGGACCUGAUUUCUUUCUCAGUCGCUGAUGACCGCCCCAAACAAUUUUUGACUAUCAAUGAAAAACGGCUAGAAAGUCUUCUUCAAAACAUCGUGGAUACGACCUUGCGGCACACUCUCAGUUUUGGUGUCGGCCUGCACCAUGCGGGAUUGGUCGAAGGCGAUAGGAGGAUAGUCGAAGAAUUAUUUUGUGAACAGCGUAUAUUAGUCUUAGUGGCGACCGCAACUCUAGCGUGGGGCGUCAACCUGCCUGCGCACUUGGUGGUUGUCAAAGGCACCGAAUUCUUCGAUGCCAAGACGAAGAAAUACAAGGACUUUCCUGUAACCGACGUGUUGCAGAUGAUGGGCAGAGCCGGCCGUCCCCAGUUUGACGAGUCAGCAACGGCCGUAAUUCUUGUGCACGAUACUAAAAAGCACUUUUAUAAAAAGUUUUUGUAUGAGCCGUUUCCUGUGGAAUCGAAGUUGGCCGAUGUGUUGGCCGACCACCUGAACGCGGAGAUUGUGUCCGGAUCCGUCUUUAGCAAGCAGUCUGCUGUAGAGUUUUUAACUUGGACGUAUUUCUUCCGAAGACUUGCGCAGAAUCCCAGCUUCUACGGGCUAGAGAGAGUUGACCAAAAAAAUAUGAACUAUUAUUUAUCGAAACUUAUUCAAAACACUAUUGCAGCGCUACAGGAGGCCGACUGCUGCGUGGUUAACGAGAACGACACGAUUACUCCAACGACUUUGGGCGCCAUUGCUUCAUUCUAUUAUUUGAAACACUCGACAGUGGGAAUGCUUUCCAAAGCUCUCGUUGAUAAGUUGCAGCAUUCUGAUUUACUCAGAAUCAUGAGUAACGCCAGUGAAUUUGCCGAAGUCCCCGUCCGGCACAAUGAGGAGCAUUUCAACGCACAGCUGGCGGCGGUAUUGCCUUGGAAAGUUGGCAAGGACUCCUACGACAGUCCCCACACAAAGGCAAAUCUUUUGCUGCAAGCUCGGUUCGAAAGGUGUGAGCUUCCGGUGGUUGACUACCAAACCGAUACCAAAACAGUACUGGAUCAAACCUUUCGAGUGCUUCAGGCGAUGAUCGAUAUUGCAAGUGGCGGCGGCUACUUUGUUUCUACUCAUUCACUGGUUGGGUUGCUGCAGAUGGUUGUGCAGGCUCGGUGGAUUCACGAAAACAGUCUUCUGACCAUCCCCGGAGUGGAAGAGUCUCACUUGCCAAGCAUCAUGCACAUGAUUGGUGCUGCAGGCAAUGCCUGCCAAAGCCCCGUAGUUUCCGAUGGUCUCCUUAGGGAACUUUGCAAGUUCUACCAAGCAAAUGACAAGUCACGAGUCACGGCUACACUUCAAGGUCUCGUAGGCCCUCGUGUUUCGCUAAAAAUCACCGAGUUUGUGGAAGGGCUCCCCGCUAUGGAACUGACGGCUAUAUUGUGCGAGGACUCCAUAGACGAGCCACUGCGUUUUCAGAAGGAGUAUGUUUUGAAGGUGUUUCUGAUAAAUAAAAACAAAAAGAGUCUGGACACUAUUCGACCCUACCAGUGGCCUCGUGACGUUCCCGUCCAGUGGAUUCUGGUUCUUCAGUAUGUGCAAGGCGAUGCGUUGCUGGCAAUGAAGCGAAUCAAGCACGUCCGCAACAAAACAACAAUUGCUUUAGCGUUCUCCAUUCCACGUUUAACCGGUGUAGAAUUGGGACGGAUUACCAUUCAAGCCCACCUGUUUAGCACAUGCUUUCUGGGACUCAACGCAUGUAUAGCAAUGAACUUUUUAAUAAACUAA